AUGACGGUGAUGUCCGUCCUCGAUGGCCCGGAGCAUCUGAGGGAGAACACUCCGGGUGCUGCGCUCUCCCGGUUAGACAAUGGGGGUUUCUUCUCCCGCUCCGGUUUGUUGUGCUUUGCCCUAAAGCGUUCCCUCUUCUUGCAGUCGAUCGCGGCUCAUGCAGCAAGUAUCUUCCAGCUCGCGGCCCAAGUCCUGGGCGACUUCGACGACGAGGACAUCGGGUUCGGCCUGGUGGACGAAAAGAAAGACUCCGCUGUAGCCAAGAAGCUUGGUCUGGAUGAGGUGGAGAGCAUCUACAUAUUUGCUGACAAUGAGAUCAUUGAGUACGACGGCGAGCUGGCGGCCGACACCCUGGUGGAGUUCCUCUACGAUGUGGUCGAGGACCCCGUGGAGAUCAUCGACAACGAGCGCGAGCUCAAGGGUUUCCACAACAUGGACGAGGUCAUCAAGCUGGUCGGCUAUUUCAGGAGCGAGAAGUCUGCACACUUCAUCGAGUACGACGAUGCCGCCGAGGAGUUCCACCCCUUCGUCAAAUUCUUUGCCACGUUUGACCCCAAGAUCGCCAAGAGGCUGAAGCUGAAGAUGAACGAAGUGGACUUCUAUGAGCCCUUCAUGGAGGAACCCGUCACCAUUCCAGGAAAGCCCUACGUCGAGUCUGAGCUCAUUGACUACAUCGAAGAGCAUGACAGGCCAACACUGAGGAAGCUGGAGCCCCACAGCAUGUAUGAGAUCUGGGAGGAUGACAUUGACGGAGAGCACAUUGUGGCCUUUGCUGAGGAAGAUGAUCCAGACGGUUUUGAAUUCCUGGAAAUCCUGAAGGAGGUGGCCCGCGAGAACACCGACAACCCCAACCUCAGCAUCAUCUGGAUCGACCCCGACAACUUCCCCCUGCUGGUGCCGUACUGGGAGAAGACCUUCGGCAUCGACCUCUCUUCCCCUCACAUCGGGGUGGUUGACGUUGAGGACGCCGACAGCGUGUGGAUGGAAAUGGACGACCAGGACGACAUGCCGACGGCCGACGAGCUGGAGCGAUGGGUGGAGGAUGUCCUCUCCCGAAAGAUCGACCCGGAUGACGACGAUGACGAUGAUGACGACGAUGAUGACGAUGACGACGACGAUGACGACGAUGACGACGAUGACGACGACGACGACGACGACGAUGACGAUGACGAUGAUGUUGAUGAUGACGAUGACGAUGAUGAUGAUGAUGACGACGAUGAUGACGACGACGAUGACGACGAUGACGACGACGAUGACGACGAUGAUGAAUAAAUGUUAACCACCAUCUCUCACUUCCCUCCAAUUUAGCCAGAAAUGUAAAAUAUAUCUUGUUUUUCUAACGAGCCGUGCAAGCUCACUUCCUGUACGGCUUCCUGUGAGGGACAAACACGACGACCUGAUUGUCUUGUUGUUGUAUUCAGAUAUGCGUAAUCUCACAGAGCAUGUGAGCAGAGAGGCUAACGGAGGGGCUAACCUGACGUUUUCUACCCGAUGUCACAGACCAGAGUCCCCCCCCCUCCAUCCCUCCCACACACCUCCCUCCAACCCUCCCUUUUUUUUGUCAUUUUCUGUUUCAAUGACUUGUUUUCUACUUGAUGAAGAGAAGAAAACCAACACUUUAUCUUACUAUUUAAAAGAGAAUUAACCUAAAAUCACUGGAAAGUCUUAAGAUUAUUACAAUCUUAGAAAAUAAUUGGGAUAUUGGAAAUAAACAAAAAGGUACAAAUUAAUUUGUUUUUGCUUUCAUAUUAAAAAAGAAAGAUAUUUUACAACCGA